GCAUCUCCUUUCUAACACAAACUCACACCCAGAAACUUUCUUGCACGAUCUAUUUAUGCUUCUUGUCCAUCUCCCUGCCCAAAAACCUCUCACCAUUUUCAUCAAAAUAUGGAGCUCCAAUCUCCAAACUUAACCUCCAACAAUACCCAAAACCCAAAAAAUGACCUUCCAAAGCAUGUCCACUUGGAGAAAGACAAAGAGCAAGGGCAACAGCCUCACCAUCACUUCUUUGAAGACAUAGACAGCACUUGUUCCACUCCUUAUGUUAGUGCACCUUCAAGUCCGGGUCGAGGAUCAGGAGCCGUUAAUGGUGGGUUCUAUUACAGUGCUCCUGCUAGUCCCAUGCACUUUGCUUUAACAGCUUCAUAUUCAUAUCCAGUUUUGUCAUCACCAUUGCCAGAUGAUAAUGGCAGUAGUAGUUCCGUGGCUUUUGGGUUUGAGUUCCGAUCCGGGACUGGUUCAACCGGGUUCAUGAGUUCAGCUGAUGAGUUGUUUUUGAAUGGAAAGAUCCGACCCAUGAAGCUGUCAAUUGAUUUGGAGAGACCUCAGGUUCUAGCUCCAUUGAUGGAUCUUGACGAGGAAGAAGAAUGCAAUACAGAGGUGUCAAAUGAGUCCAAUCGAGGUAGAGAUCUAAGAGUUGUUCGUGAUAGAUCUAUGAGGAGAAGAACAAGAUCUUUGUCUCCACUAAGAAGCACUUCUUAUGAUGAUGAUGAUAAUGUUAAGCAACCCAAAAGUGGUUCUUGUUUAGACGAAGAUAAUCAUCAGAAGAAUGAUGAAAAGAAUGAACAGUCAAAUUCGGGUUUGGAAGCAACAGCAGCAUCACUUUCAGCAUCUUCUUCAAGAUCAUCUUCGGUUGGUAGAAGUUCAAAGAGAUGGGUAUUCUUAAAAGAUUUUCUUUACAGAAGCAAAAGUGAAGGAAGAAGCACCAACAAAUUCUGGUCAACAAUCUCAUUUUCACCACUUCUCAAAGAGAAAAAAUCCUCAAGCUCCUCCACCACCGCGACUACUACCAUUUUUCUUCAACAUUCAAAAGAUCACCAGAAGGAAAUUACCAAUCAGGCUUUGGAGCAUCAAAACAGUAGUAAUAAAAGCAAAAGAAAUAUGAAGAAGCCAGUGAAUGGGAUAGGGAAGAGGAGAAUGCCACCAUCACCACACGAGCUACAUUACACUACAAAUAGAGCUCAGGCUGAAGUGAUGAGGAAGAAGACUUUUUUGCCUUAUAGACAAGGGUUACUUGGCUGCUUAGGGUUUAGUUUAAAAGGGUAUGGUGCCAUGAACGGGAUUGCUAGAGCUUUGAAUCCAGUUUCUUCCAGGUAAAUUAUCGGUAAUUAAUUAAUCUCUGUGAUGGGGAUUUAAAAGAAAUUGUAUAGAUAUAUAUUUUUUCUUCUUUUUUUUUUUUUCUCAUUAAAGCUCAGUAGCCUGGUAAGAUUAUAUUAAGCUAUCUAUCUUCAAAAGCUUAAGACAAUGUGAGAUCUUUGGCUUCUUGUAUGCUGUAACUUAAAAUGGACGAAUUAUGAAGCAAUAUCUUGAAUUAUUGAACCAA